UACCCGCAAAAAUGAAAUACCUGGCAGUUUGUGCGCUUCUGAUGCCGCUUGUCUUCGGCGCUUCAGUCCCCCGGCCCCCAAAUGUGGACAUUGACCUUAUUCCCGACAUUUCCACUGCUGCGGAUGCAGAGUCUGUGGAAUUGCAUCUGCGCCAGCUGCCCAAGAUAGCCGACAUGCUCAGCCAUAUUCACCGCAUUGCGAGUGGCUUGCCCGAUAUGUCGGUGGCCAGCGAUGCCGAUGACGCCACUGCCGACGAUAUGGAUCUUAUUCCCGACAUUUCCGUAGCCGCUGAUGGCGAUGUCCCCGACAUGUCCGUAGCUGCCGAUGCUAAGGAUUCCGAUUCCGCCGAUGCUGAUUUGGUGCCCGACAUUUCCGUUGCCAGUGAUGCCGAUGAGGUCGCUGCUGAUGAUGCCGAUUUGAUUCCCGAUAUGUCCAAUGCUGCCGAUGCCUUGGACUCUGAACAAGAUGAUGCCGAUUUGAUUCCCGACAACGCUGAGGCUUCCUACCAGGAAUAAAAGCGCAAUAUGGACUGAACGAUGAGAUAAUUAAUAAUAUAUAGCUAUGUAUGUACCGUCUAUCGUAUUUAUUGUAUUUUUAGACUAUCUUUGUGUGCAGCUUUAAUAAAAUUUGAUAAGAGCAGAAAAAAUUAAAACAAAA